CGACUCGAGUCACUCUGAACGGACUGUUUACCUUUAACCAGCUGUGCAUUGCAGAAGGAUGACAUCCACUUCGGAAAACACACGUGGAAAGAUUGCCAUCGUCGGCAGCGGCCUCAUUGGACAGAAUUGGUCUAUGAUAUUCGCCAGUGCGGGCUAUCAUGUGACUUUGUUUGACGUUGAUCCUGACCAACUUAAGCGUGCACAAACCAGCAUCAAAUCUACACUAGAACAAUAUGAAAAAGAUGGCUACCUCAGGGGUAAACUAACAGCUCUUCAGCAGACAGAUUUAAUAUCUACAACUAGUUCUUUGUCUGAAUGUCUCAAAGAUGCGUUCUAUGUUCAGGAAUGUGUUCCGGAGAACCUGGAUCUGAAGAAGAAAGUGUUUGCGGAGAUGGAUGCUGUCGCCGGAGAGGAUAUGAUCUUGGCUAGUUCCAGCAGCUGUCUGUGUGCUUCCAUGUUUACAGAGGGGCUGACACACAAGUCCAACAUGUUGGUGGCUCACCCGAUAAACCCACCAUACUUCAUUCCAUUGGUGGAGCUUGUCCCGGCUCCCUGGACCAAUCAAAAAGUUGUUACCACAACACGUGCACUAAUGGAGGAGGUUGGACAAUCACCGAUAACUUUACGCAGGGAGAGUCUGGGCUUUGCCCUCAACAGAAUCCAGUAUGCCGCUAUCAACGAGAGCUGGAACAUGUACCAGUCUGGGCUGCUGAGUGCCGAGGAUAUUGAUAGAGUCUGUCACAAUGGACUAGGGCUGCGGUAUGCUUUCAUCGGCCCUCUGGAGACCAUGCAUCUCAACGCUAAUGGAAUUACAGACUAUUGUGAGCGGUAUGCAGAGGGAGCCUAUAACGUACAGAAGGAGACAUUUAAACCAGUCCCUGUCAUGUAUGACGUGCCAACAUCCGAGAAGGUCCAGGAGGAAUUCAAUCAGACCAUCCCAUUGGAUAAACUAGCAGAGAGGAGACGCUGGAGAGACAAACGACUGGCAGAACUCUCCAAACUGAAGAAGACUUUAGAUGAGGACAAAUGAUAUGUUUUAAUGGAAACAAAUGUUAUGAAUGACGGAUAAAUGAUGUUGAUAGCAAAUGUUUAUCUGUGUUUAGGAGAAGAUUAAUGAAUGAUAUUAUAAUUGAGAAUAGAAAAUCAAAGGAUGAUCGAAUGUUAAAUGUGAUUGAAUGUUUGCUCACACUGUAUGUAAAAGUCGGAGAAUAACUGUAACAGAAUGGAUAGUUGGCACUUAUGUAAAGAUCAGAGGAUAACCUGUAUAGUCAUUAGUUUGUGACAAAAUAGCAAGGUAAUUUUCUGCAUGGUAUGCUGUUCUAUGUAAACCACAGAGGAUGACUGGAUGGUUGUAAAUGAUUGGAUGAUGGUCAUCAGAUCAGAGGCCAGUUUCAUCAUUAUUCCUUAACUUCUUUAGGAAAGCAUUACAGAAUUUAAGGACGGUUCCUUAGCUUAGAUAUUUUCCAUAAAUUCUUUAAUGCUUUCCUGUGGAAAAUUUUAAGUUAAGGAAUUUCCUUAAGUUAAAGGGGCCUUCCUUCAUUUGAAUAAAGUUAAAAUUAAACUUACUUACUUAAUACUCGAAGAACUUUGGUUUAUCUUGAGUGUAAUACUGCCUUAUUAAUGUGAAGAUUAUCUUUUACUACAUGUACUUGGAAAAAAUACAUAUUUUCCAGUUAAUUUAAUUUUGAAAAAACUUAGUUUUAUUCAAACAAAGGAAAUCCCUUUUAAUGGGUGCUGGGGGUUAUAAACUGUAAAUUAGAUAUUUAAGCAGUAAUCUUAUUUAAGCAGUAAUCUAAUCUUAUUUUAGCGGUAAUCUUAUUUUAGCGAAUUUUUAUACUAAUUUAUGAUAGUGCUAAUUACACUGUAUUGUUUUCUACAGAAAGCAUUUUGGGUGUGCAAAUUCAUUAUUGCUGUUUGAAUUCAUUAAGUGCUGUUAUUUGAGUGUGUCAAAUUAAAGAGGUAUGUUUAAAGUACAGGUAAUCAGUUCUGGAAAUCAGGGUAAAGAGGAUUGAAGCCAAUAGCUAGUCCAUUAAAAGUCCUGAUCUUAAUUAAAAUCAUAUAUCAUACUGUAGUUUGUUAAUCUAUGUAUAGAUAAGUAUUACUCAAGAAUAUAUUAAUCAAUGCGUAAUACAUAAGAAAAUUGGUUAAUUCACAUGUUUUACAAAAUUUUGUUAUUCCACAUGUACUCUCAAUAAAUUCCGUUUAUCCACAUGUGUUACACAUGAAAUUUUGAUAAACCACAUGUAUUACACAUGAAAUUGUGAUUCCACAUGUAUUCCACAAAAGAAAUUGUUAUAAUCCACAUGUAUACAUGUGCAUAAGGAAUUUUGCUAAUUAAUCCUCAUGUAUUACUCAAGAAAAUUUGUUGAUCCACAUGUAUUGCAAAAAAAAUUGCGUUAAUCCACAUGUAUUGCACAAAACAAAAUUGUUAAUCCACAAGUAUUACUCAUGAAAUGUUGUUAACUCACACGUGUAAGUAUUACACAAAAUAUUUUAAUUCAUAUGUAUUUCAGAAGAAUUUUGAAAUGUUCAUGAUGUGUAAUACAUUGUAAUAAAAUGUAUGUACAUGUAUGAGUAAGAAAUGAAUGUAUUAAUUAACGUGUAAUUGAUAUAACUGAUGAAUAAAUGUCGUUUUUUCAUUUAAUUAUCAAUUUAUUUUUCAAUCCGUACUUAAAAGUACAUUUUAAUUUAUAAUUAAUCGUAGAUAAUCUGUAAUGAUUUCUUGAUUUAAGAAAAAAAGAUAAAAAAUGGAAUGCAAAA